GUUCGUAUACAUCUUCACGUGAAUUUCUAGGAACUCUCUGUUUAGCUUGUUGACGAUAAAUUAUUUGCUGAGUUGCGUGCCUUCACGACAUCCAGAACACCAGAGAGAUACCAUCGACCCCUCCUCUUGAAUUCACUCCUAUAUAUGGCUGGCGUUUUGAUCGAUCGCUUCUUAAGACCACCACCAUCAAAGCAGCAACGAAUAAUUAUCACCGCCCUUCAUCCACAUCUAAUUUACCAGCUUCAAUCCUCCCGCAAAUCAGUUUCCAAUUCAACAAUGAGGAAUUCAGUCAAAUCCAGAGAAGGGAACCUUAUGGGGGCAAAGAUGAGCAAUAAGGUCUCCUUUCCAUCCGGAUUUAAGAACAAAGUCAUUAAGGAAGCAAUGAAUAACCUGAAUCCUAGCCUUCAUGAUUACUUAUCCAACAGACCUCAAGUCCAACCAAUGAGAAAUAAGGCUUCUGGUUCCAAAGGAAAAAUAAGCCACCAAUCCAUGGAUGGCCGGAACUCCACGGUGAAAAAUAAGGUUUGCUCUUCAUCAACAUCUACAGGCAGUUCACAUACAGAAAAUUGCUUUACACGGGCACAAACGAGUUGUCGCAAUUCCGUCCAGUCCAAGACUUAUCCAAUGCCCACAGAAGGCAGUUCAGAUGACCUUGUAGGGGCAGAAAUGAGUUGUCACAAUUCUUCAGGACAUGCUUACAUCCAGUCCAUCAAGGAUUAUCCAAUACCCACAGAAGGCAGUUCAGAUGCAGAAACUGACCUUAUAGGGGCAAAAACAAGUUGUCACAAUUUUUCAACACAUGGUGACAUCCAGUCCAUCAAGGUUUAUCCAAUGCCCACAGAAGGCAGUUCAGAUGCAGAAACUGACCUUACAGGAGCAACAAUGAGUUGUCACAAUAGUUCAAUACAUGCCGACGUCCAGUCCACCAAGACAGCAAGUAGCCUUAUCGGGGCAGAAAUGAGUUGUCACAAUUGUUCGAGGCAGAAAUGAGUUGUCACAAUUGUUCAAUACAUGCUGGCAUCCAGUCCAUCAAGACAGCAAGUGGCCUUGCAGGAACAAAAAUUAGUUGUCACAAUUGUUCAAUACAUGCUGGCAUCCAGUCCAUCAAGACAGCAAGUGGCCUUACAGGAACAAAAAUUAUUUGUCACAAUUGUUGAAUACAUGCUGACGUCCAGUCUAUCAAGGCUUGUCCAGUGCCCACAGGAGGCAGUUCACACACAAAAAGUGGCCUUACAAGGGCAAAAAAGAGUUGGCACACUUCUUUCCGCAAUCCUUCCAUAUUUGCUCGCGUCCAGUCCAUUACGGCUUAUUUAAAGCCCACAGUUGGCAGUUCACAAACAAAAAAAAAGCUUACAGGGGCAAAAAUGAGUUGUCACAGUCCCAUUCUUCAAUAUUUGCUGGCGUCCAGUCCAUCAAGGCUCCGUCCUAGUUUAAAAGCCAUGUCAUUAAGGAAGCAAUGAAAGUGAAGCCUUUUUUCUGAUAAAGAAAUUGUGCUAUCUAACGCGAGAAGGCGUUGAAAAAUAUAUGAAUACUGCUGAGGAUAGUCAGGGAUCUCGAGAUUUUUGCUUGGUAUGGAGGGGUCCUGGUUAAGAGGUUUACUGGAGCGGGUUUAUGCAAGAGUUUAUGGAAGAAUAAUACGUCGUGUCCUGUGGGUUCUAUUAAUUAAAUGUAAUAAUUUCAGGUCAAAAUCUUAAUUUUCAGAUAUAUAUUGUUUGGAUGUUAA